AUGAGAAAAUAAGAUUCCUGCUUAUCAAAACUUUACAACUUCAAGUUAUAUAACAAUUUAACAAUUAGCUAAAUCGUUGUUACAAAAGAAUUCGAAUAGCAUGUAAGUUUAUGAUAUAAUAUUAGAAAACUCCUUGUCUUAAUUAAAUAUGUAGCAAACAUAACAAGGAAAUAAUCAUGUUAAACCUUAAUUUGAAUGAACCUGAAUUCAGUCGACUCGCAUGUGUGGAAUGCAUAGAAGAUUGUCCUAUUUAAUACAUUAGUUUGAAAGAGGCGAAUAAAAGAUGGAAUGAAUUUAAGGGAUAAUAGACUGAUUUAAUUUCAAAACAUAAUUUCAAAAGAGAAAAAACAUUUAAUGUGGCUAUAAAAGAAAUUAAGUAACUACGAGACUAUUAUAAUGAUUAAUUAUCAGAAAUACUUACAUCUAUUAAUGAAUAGUUAAUUCAAAAUACUUAAAAUUUUAAAGAUUUUAUUAAUUUAGAAAAUAAAUAGAUAUUUGAAUUAGAAGAAAAAUAAGUUGAAAAAAUAGUUGAUUUGUUAAGUUAAAAAGAUAAAAAUUUAAUAUAUAUUAUUACUAGAUUUAUAAUAAUCAGAAAGAAACGAUUCACAAAUUAAUAAAAAAAGUUCUGA